CUUUAUCCAACCAAGGCCCCUUUCUCCGUGUAACCACGCCCAAUCAGCUGGUUCCUGAAGUUCAGCGAGCCUCAGGAGGAAAAAAAAAACUUUCCCUCGCUUCUGUGCGGUCUCACGGUGAGCCGAUGGUAGUCACCACUGUGUUUUGUUUUGGAGGAUUACGUUUUUAACGGCUCUGAGUCGUGUCAGCAUGUCCUUGACGGAUCAGCAGUGGUGUCCCACAAGCGUCCAGGUAACGGUACUCCAAGCCAGGAGCCUUAGGAUAAAGGGGAAAAGUGGCACCAACGAUGCCUACGCGGUCAUACAAGUGGGCAAAGAGAAGUACCAGACUUCAGUGGUGGAGAAAUGCGUGGCUCCGGUGUGGAAGGAGGAGGCCUCUUUCGACCUCCCGCAGCUGAACCAGGGAGGAGGAGGAGGCGGCACGCUGCACGUCCACGUCCUUCACCGGGCUCUGGUGGGCCCGGACAAACUGCUGGGGCAGGCGGUCAUUAAUCUGUCCCAGCUCAGUGAGGACAAAACACGCAACAAGACCGAAUGGUUUAAACUUCUUGAUAAGACUGGUAAGCCAGACAAAGACAGAGGAGAGGUGCUUCUGGAUAUCCAGUUCAUGAGAAACAACAUGACUGCCAGCAUGUUCGACCUAUCUGCUGCUGGCAAAUCUCGGUCUCGUCUGGGCAAGUUCAAGGACAAAGUUCGUGGCAAGAAAAAGGAGUCAGAUUCUGUGACCAGCGUGGCGCCGUCCUUCAGUCAGGUCCUGACGGACAGCGAGGAGGAAGGCAACGGGGAUAGUGAAGCGGUGGCAGGCAAGGAUGGAAAACACAAGAAACACAAGAUUAAGUCUUUGUUUUCUCCAAAGUCCAACUUGCAGAAGAGUAUGUCUCAGUCCAUGUCUGUUCUGCCUGGGAAGAACUCCACGCUCACUGGCAGCCAAUCAUCUGGUCUGAAUGUCGAUUCCUCAGAGGGUAAAAAGAAGUUCAAGUUCAUGAUACAUAAACGCUCAGGCAGCUCAGGUGGCAAGGAUUCAUCAUCUGGUCGUGAAAAACAGGUUUCUGUAGAACAGAGUAAUUUAUGCAUCAAUGGCAGUCACAUAUACUGUGAGGAGCCGCCACCUCGGACUUCUCGCAUCAGCUCAAACUUCAGUCUGGCCAGUUCAGGUCAUGGAUCAAUGGAGGAUGUCCCUGAAAACUCUCCACCACCUGAGCAACAAAAGGCCGCGAGGAAGUGUUCACCUUGGGAAGAGGAUGAGGAGGAGGAGGAGGAGGAGGAGGAGGAAGACGACACUCCUGAAGUUGAAAACGUUAAAGCGAAUGUGAGUGAAUCAAAAAGGACUAUAAUAGAGGAGGAGAGGAAAGAAGAGAAGGUUAAGAGGCAACAAGAGAGGCUUGAAAGUUUAGCUGAGGACAGAGAAAAACAAGAGGAAGAGGAGACAAGGAGUAAAGAAGAGGAAAAGAAUAGAAGAGAGGAAGAAAAGAGAAGACAAGAGCAAGAGGAAAGGGUUAGGAUGGAAGAAGAGCGUGAAAGAUUGGCAGAGGAAAAGAGACUACAAGACCUAGAGAGAAGGAAAAUGGAGGAGGAAGAGAAAAAGAAAAGAGAUGAAGAGGAAAGGAUUAGAAUUGAGCAAGAGAAAAAGAGGUUAGAAGAAGUGGAGAGGGUUAAGAUGGAAGCGAGAAGGCAAGAAGAGCAAAAACUGGCAGAGGAAAAGAGACUGGAGGAAGAGAAGAGGGCACAGGAAGAGAGGAGAAGGCAAGAAGAAGAGGCAAAAAUAGCUGAGGAGAAGAGACUGAAGGAAGUAGAGAGAAGGAAACUUGAGGAGGAAAGAAGAAAGCAAAGAGAUGAAGAGGAAAGAAUUAGAAUUGAGCAAGAGAAGAAGAGACUAGAAGAGGAGGAGAGGGUUAGGAUGGAGGAAAAGAGAAGGCAAGAAGAGCAAAAACUGGCAGAGGAAAAGAGACUAGAGGAAGAGAAGAGGGCACAGGAAGAGAGGAGAAGGCAAGAAGAAGAGGCAAAAAUAGCAGAGGAAAAGAGACUGAAGGAAGUAGAGAGAAGGAAACUUGAGGAGGAAAGAAGAAAGCAAAGAGAUGAAGAGGAAAGAAGUAGAAUUGAGCAAGAGAAGAAGAGACUAGAAGAGGAGGAGAGGGUUAAGAUGGAGGAAAAGAGAAGGCAAGAAGAGCAAAAACUGGCAGAGGAAAAGAGACUUGAGGAAGAGAGGACAAGGCAAGAAGAAGAGGCAAAAAUAGCUGAGGAAGAAGAGCGGAUUAGAAAGGAAAACGAGGAGAAGGAGGAAGAGAUGAGACGAAGAGAGGAGGAGGAGGAGCUGCUGAGAAAACUAGAAGAAGAGCGUGAGAAAAAGAGGAUACAGUUGGAGCAGGAAAGGAAGCAGAGGGAGGAAGAAGAGAGGGUUAGGAAAGAGGAAGAGAAGAAAAGGAAAGAAGAGGAGGAACAGGCUAAGAGAGAAAGGAAAGAACAUGAGAGAUUAGAGGAGGAGAGGAAACUUCGGGAAGAAAGGAAGCGGAUUGAGGCAGAGGAGAAAAUUAGACGGCAAGAAAGGAUCAGGAUGGAAGAAGAGGAAAAAAAGAGACUAAAAGAACAAGAAAAUCAAAGAGCUGAAGAGGAAAGACUUAGGAAAGAGGAGGAGAAGAGACAGGAGGAUGAGGAGAGGGCUAGGAAGCAAAGGGAAGAAUAUGAAAGACUGUUAGAGGAAAAAAUGCAACAAGAAGAACAAAGAAGACUUGAGGAAGAGGAAAGAAUUAGAAGGGAAGAAGAGAAAAGGGUUAGGAUGGAGGAAGAGAUGAAGAGGAGAAAAGAGGUAGAAGAAGAGAGGGCUAGAAAGGAAAAGGAAGAAAUGGAGAGGCUGGAGGAAGAGAGAAGACUGCAGGAACAAGAAAAGAGGAGGAUUGAGGAAGAGGAGAGGAUUAGGAGAGAGAAGAAAGAAGAGGAGACAAGGAAGCUGGAGAAGUUGAGCAAUGCAGAAGAGCAAGAGAAAAGGGAAAACACAACAAAAGAUGAAGUUAGGGCUGCAGGGAAGAAACCCAAAGAGAGCAGUCCUGCAGUCACUUCCACUAAUCCUUUUGAUGAAACCUUCUCUUCCAACCCCUUUGAGGAGAUUCCCGAGUCCCCCGACAGCAGCACAGCCGAAGAGCCAACGGUUCAGCAACGGUGUCACUCUGCCGUGUCAUCGGUGAGAAGUGAGACCGGUUCCGUGGAUGAAAAGGACCUGAUUAGUACUCAACGAGAGAAGCGACCAGCUCCUCAGCCGCCAGUAAGGAGUCAAGCUGGGAAGCAGCCUCACAGGGAGCAGGAUGUGCCGGCACGACAUCUGGCACAAAUUAACAAGCAAAGCAAAGACAAAGAUGUCAAAACUGUCAGUGUUUCCCCACAGCGCUCGGUGCAAAUGAUCGCUCCGCUGUGUAGGUCUCCCACAGAUUCAAAGAACUCCCAGAGCCUGAUGCAAAGCAAUAACGCUAAUGGAACAACAAAUGCAGCCAAACACAGCAAACGUCCUGCGCCGUCCGUACCUCCUCCUGUGGGAGAAAAGCAGUCAUCGGAACCAAAAACGAGCUCUAAUCUAGGUGGUGCAGAGACCAAACAAGUUAAAGUUGUUUGUGGCUUAAAUCCUUUUGAGGAUGAUGAAGAUGAAAGUGAGCUCACAGCUCAAGAUGACAGAGACACAGCAGUCUCUAGUAAUACUGGUUCAAUAUGCUGGCCUCCAGCUGUGUCACAAACUGCAGAUAAAGAUGCUGCCUCUCAACCGAAAAUCAAAUCCUCAAAGACGGCCCACGCUCCCCUACCUCCUGCAAAGAAUGACAUCAGCUCAAACACUUUAACGGACCCCGAUAACGGUGCACUCCAAGCAUGCGACCCAUAUUAUGAGUCCACAAGUCCUGGGCAUGUCCCAGUGAGUCCACUCCAAGAGUCCCAGUCCCUUAAAGUCCAGAAUAUAGUGGAGGCAGGUGUGAAAAAAGACAGGGCCCCUACACCUUCACGCAGGCUUCAGCCGGUAAGACCUCUUAAUCCUCUCGAGCAGCAGGGUGCCUCAGUUGUUCAAGGGGAAAAUGAAAACAAAUCCACAGGAAUCCCCAGUGGACUUCAGGACAAAACAACGGUGGAUGACAGUGGGAUGAAAGGGCCUUACUCCCAGCUGACCCGGCAGGAACUGAUCUCUCUGAUCCUGAAACAGGAGAACCAGCUCUCGGAGAGAGAUGAUAAGAUAUCGGAGCUGGAGCAGUACAUUGAUAAUUUACUUGUGCGAGUCAUAGAAGAGAUGCCAAGUAUCCUCAUGUCCUUGACCGCUAUGAAGAAAGCUGCUUAGGUAGCUUUGCAGGCGUCACUGUAUUCUUGCCGCACUUAAUCAGACCUGUUUAUUCACAGCUCGUCCACAUUAGAAAUAUCACUUUAAAGAUGUAUUGGUUACGUUAAUGCAACUGGAAUAUUUUUGCUGUAAAGUAUGGAGGAACACUUUAGAUUUCAAAUAUGUCAUCACCCAAUAAAAUUAACCAUUUGAGGGAAAGAAAAUCUUUGAAAUAUUUAGCUCUCUCAGCUAAAGGAUUCAGUUUGGAAAGACGCUGUAGUUUUUAGAUAAUCGAUAAAUUUAGACAUUUGUUUCAUGUGAGAGUUUAAAGGAUAUCUUGUAUAUAUUUGGUCAUGCCUUUCAUCUUUCUUCUGGAAAUAACUUUGAUAAAAAUCCUGCCAGCGUAGCAGACUUGUUGCAUUUCAUGGCGAAACUCCAGUUGAUUUCUCUCUGUAGAGCUUAAUGUCAAAGUUUACUGCUAAUCCCCAUGUGCACUUUAAGUAGCUCACACUAUUAACUGUUAAGACACUGAACACUGUACUGAGUAUUUUUACUGCUUAAAUAAAUUUGAAAAAUAAAAUAAAACCAUGAAUUAAUACAAA